UUUUAAUUAGAAUAAUACAAUAAAAGGUAUAAUUGUAAAGACAAAUAAAAAAGUAACGGUGCAACAAUCUAUUGACUCCUAUUUAGGGAAUAUAUCAAUUGAGACUCCUAUAUUGAAAUUUUAGUAUUGUUUUAGUAGAUCAGGAGACCAAAUAAACCUAAUCUCCAUAGUAAGAGUUGCACCAACUGUCCUUGACCUCAAAACUCUGGGAAGAGGACUUCAGACCACGGCAUAUCACCUUAAGAGGACCGUACGUUGAUUUCUCACCCAACCGGGCCAUAAACUCCAUCUCUAAGCGCGCGAAGAUCCCAUAGUCGAACGCGCUAUUCCCCGACUUCCCUGUCUUGAAAAAUUCCGAGUUGCCCGCGUCGAGAGACGCGUUUUGUGCAUGGAGACUGAAGGCGAUGACAUUGUCGAAGCUCUGGGGAGGAAGCGGGGACGGGACGGGCAACACGGCGGACGCCACCAACGUCGGCAGCUCCGCUUCUCUUUUGAAAUAGAGUUUCGUUGCUUGCGUGGAGUUGGUGAAGUCAAUAGUUUUGUUUUUGUUGGAGUUGACGGCCGUGAGGGUGAAGCUGAAGUCGGCAGUGAGGCCGUCGUCGUCUGUAUAAGCGAUGUUUGCGAUGGUCGCAUUCACGACGUGGUAAUCCGGUAUUAUCGAGUCGCUGGAGGACGAGUUAUUACUAAGGGCCCAAAUAAGAAAACCAAGAGUUAUCGCUAGCACUAUCACUAUAAGGCCACAGUAAACAAUUAAACGCAAACGAGAGCAUUUCAUCGCCAUUAUGCG